AGGUAGAUCAUUUUUCUAAAAAAUAUCUCGUUCGUGCUCUGAGAUUCUUCCAAUUAAUUGGAGAGGAACAAGAGCCAUCGAAAAUAUGUGUGAAUCAUUGUACUCUCGUAAUUCACCGUCUUCAUCCGUUUCAACAAAGUUUUGCUUAUAGCGAGAGUGAUUGCUACUGCCAUCGCAGCCCCACUUAUAGUUAAUCUCAAACGUAUUACAAGCCGAACCAGCAAGAAUACUUCUAUGGCUUUCUAUUAAGCGUUUGUUUGUGUGGUCAACUAGGGAUUGGAGGGGAACUUCGGCUGCUGAUGGUUUUAUCGUAAUACCUGAAAAUUAUGAAUAUCUCAUGACUAUUUUUGCAUUCCCAUAAUUAUCUGUCCAUAAGCAACAUAGAUUCAUUUCGAUCAUGUUAGAUAAUAGAAAAGAUGUUUUGUGAUGCCUUUAUAGUGUAUGAAUGGGCCCUAUCUAAUGAAAUAGAAAUUACCUUCAGGAUACUUCUUUUCCUCCAAAACCCGAUUGUAGGGUGGAUACAAAUCACACCCUUUCUUCAAAUCCGAUGCACGAAUGUCAUUGUAUUGACUCUUGGAAAAUCCGUUCUUACAAAUGAAUGCCAAAGCUUCAGUCGGUGAAUACUGCUCCACUCCGGCAUCACUAGACUUCAUAGAUUGCUUCAAGCUAGUGGCGGUUUCUGGAAAUUCAGAAAUAUUUUUGAUGAUCUUUGCCGCAUCUCUAUGUCCGGAACUUGUGGCUCUUGUUGCCGCUGCAAACAUCAACUCCUGAUACGGAACUUCGACGCUGAUAUCAUGAACUUUUCGCUGCUUCGAUUUUGUGCUUGAGGUUUCAAAUGAUUUACGCGGACGCCCUCUCUUCGUGUUCGACAUCGGAAGUUCUUUGAAAGUUUCAAACCCACUCAACCAAAUUUUGUUGCGCUCAAAGAAACGGUCUCUUUUCCGGUUGCUCUUUUUCCAUGCUGUUGUGAAUUUGAGUGCGAAAAAGCUAAUUUUCUUUUGAAGUUCUGCAGUAUCAAUUGUUUUGCCCUGGAACUUGUCAAUAACGUACUGACACAAAGAUGUUGUAGAACUAUCGGUAAUGAAUUGUUCAGCCAAUUCAUGGAAGGCGACUUUAAGACCUGGUGGAAAAUUUAGUUAGGGAAUCUACUUCAAAAGUUGAGAAAUUCUGUAACUUACCAACUGACAUCUUGCUUUUUUCUGUGGAACGAUAACGCACUAACCAAAAUUCAACAGCAUGCAUGCAGAAAAUCAUGCUCUGCUGACUAGGCUUCUUUGAACUAGGCUACUUUGAUCUAGUCUACUUUGAUCUACAAUGGAACUGUUUCUUAAGGUAGCAUAUCGACUAAAAAUGGAAAAACCGACAUGGCGCGUAGCGAAGUCUAACGAAGCUGUCCGUCAACGAGAAGCCACCAUUCGAGCCGAAAUAAAACGAAGACUAGGGCUCAGAAUUAGCGAACCGUUACCGAGCGGUGGCAACAGCAAUGAUGGUAAUACCUCACGAACGUUCUUCAAAGAAUGGCGUACAAUCUGCGAAAUUACGGGGUUGAAUGAAGAUCUAAUGGAGAAAAUGUACAUCAUUCUAGUUAUUAUCAACUGUAAGAGUGAUAUCAACGUGGAAGUAUUCCAAAACUACUUGGAAACGACUAGGAAACUUUAUAUCAGCCUAUAUGGUUGGUAUCCGCUGUCUCCAACUCUCCACAAAAUUUUGGUCCACGGCGGUGCCAUCGCGAAGCACAGUACUGUUCCUGUUGGAAUGUUGAGCGAGGAAGCACUGGAGACCCGGAACAAGUCUAUCAGAAAGUUCCGAGAAUUCCACUCCAGGAAAUUCAGCAGAACGGCAAACAUCGAAGACGUCUUCCAACGUUUGCUUCUAACAUCCGAUCCAGUGAUUUCCUUGAUGAAUAGGAAAAGCAGCGAUUCUCCUUUAAACUCUCUUCCAGCCAAAGCUCAAGAACUUGUUAUUUUGAAUUGAAUUGAAAAGAUAUGUAGUUUUAAUUUUUAUUUGUUCUAAGCUCAAUAAACCAAAAUAUUAAGUAUAUACAUACUAAUCGAUUGUUUUUAGAAAUCCAACAUAGAGAGAAAAGUAUGGAACCUUUCAUUAGGGUAGCAUUGACAGAAGGUUCUUUGAAACGUUGAUAGUGUUUAUUUUUUAGUUAAAAAUCCAAUUUUUUUAAAAUAUGUUUUUAUGUGUUGAUUCUUCAAAAAAACUUAGUUCUAGACAAUUUUAAAGCAUUCAAUUGCGCACCUUUUUGCCGAAGACAUCAUACCUGUAUUUUGUAUAUUCUUGAAGUUAUGGCCAUUUUUUGAUGAAAAAUGACAUAUUUUCAAAAAUUAAUUAAGCGCUUUAUACAAAAAACACUUCUUUUAUUUUUUCACCAUCGAACAACGAAAGUGAGAUCUUUUGAAUGGAUUUAAAAGAUUGAAAAUCGGUUUGCGCCAUUCUGAAAUAUUUACAUGUAAGAAAAGCGAUUUUUUAAGAGGAAAUCUUGCAUAACUUUCUUAUUUCAAGAGAUAUAACAUUGCCCUCUUCGGAGAAAAAGUGUAAAAUCAAAAGAUCUAAAAGUGCU